AUGAAAUUCACCUCUGUCGUAUUAUCUUCGCUUUUAUUGAGUUCAUUGUCCAAUGCUUCUAGUCUCCCCAAGGACUACGAGAUCGUCGAAGUUAAGGAUAUAGAGGAGGCCCAGAAGAGGUACUCCUCCCUUCUCGGAAAAAAAUACAACCAGAUGGUGUUUCGCCUACUAGACUCGGGGACAUUUCUCACCCGGAGAGUCCAAGAGUACUGGGACGUGGAAGAAACUCUACAGGAGCUUCAAUAUGGUGACACCUUAAGUUCAGACCUCAGACUCCAGAACCUCUACAAGAACAGCCGUCUCUCCAUGGGACUAAAGAAAAAGUUCAAAGACAGACCAAUUCCAUACGUGGAGUUUUUCUAUAGCGACUUUGCUAUUGAGAGAUCGAAUGACCUCCUCCCAGUUUCACCCUGCCACAGUGAGAUCCUAGGCGAAGGCAGCGUAGUGAAAGUACAGCUCACAGAGAUCACAAGAGCGACGCCCCAAGGCAAAAUCGGGGUUCCCAAUUUUCUCCAGCUGAUACUAUCCACCGGUGAAGCCGACUUGGAGGUCGAGAGGGAAAACUUGCUGAUGAUGAGUCUCAAGUGCAAUGUGGAUCACGGUGAAGUGGGCCAGAUAUUCUUGAGCCACACAGAGUUCCUCUAUUUCAACACAUGGUAUCGAACAGUAUGGUUCGAUCCGAAUACUGGUACCUUCACAAAACCGGAGGAUUUUCAAAAGAGGCCGCGGGAGAGAAUGGUCAUGAAGUAUGGCAUUGGAGAAUGGUAUUGCGUUACUAGUAAGUUGAGGCCAUUGAAAUGCCAGGAAGUAGUCACAGACAUCACCGAUCCCCUAGAUGUUCCGGCCAAAAACCCAACUAUUGAAGAUACAACUAAGGAUGAAGAAGACGAAGAAAAAGCCAAUCAUGUGGAGCAGUGUGAUGAUUGCAAACGACCCUUGUUGCAUCCUGCCAAACUUCCGACCAUCUACAACAUGUCCCAGUAUCAAGCUCUAAAAAAACUGAAAGGCUUUACUGCAAUCUGGCCAAAAGAGAGAACAUCGAACGGUCUACCCAAAAACUAA